CGGGAAUACAGUCUACAAGUCUACGGCUCAGCUCCAGAGGUGAUCUUAUUGCACCCAUGUCUUCUUCUUCGUCACCCAGCUCUAGCACUAGCACGCGUUCAUCGACAACAACGCCCCCUCUAGUGGGCUUUUUCACGUAUCCCAACGGAUUACCUGACUCUAGAGGACGCACACUCUCUGAGAUCCUUUCUUGGGGAAACGACAAACUAGAAUACAGCCACGACUAUAUCCAGAUCGUCUUUCCCCUCCCGGAACGCUCGGGCGUGAACUGGAAUGCGCCACUCAUCGAUCGCGCCACAUUCGUCGCGUUCCGAACGCAGCCCGCACUACGCGCCCGUCUUCGCGAAGCUUUCGAACGGAUGAUGGCAUUUUAUGGUUUUGGGAUUGAAGAGAAGAAGAAGAAGGUCGCAAAAAGCGAGGAUGGAGACUCGGGGAAGGGGAGAACGGCAGUGUUGACACGGCUACCGGAGUUUGAGGAGAGGGCGGGAGACAGCUGGUUGACGCGUUUCGAUCACAAUCAUCUGCGUAUCACGCGUAUCAUCCGGAGUCUGAGAGUGCUGGGGCUUGAGACUGAGGCGAAGGCUUUCUAUGAGGCGUUGGUAGAUGUCGUGAAGGAAAGGCCAGGGAGGGUGAGUGGGACGAGUGUGAUGUAUUGGGGCAGGGCCAUGGAGAGGCCUCUCAACGUGAAGCCGGAUGAGGAUAGGGUGGAGGAGAAGGCUGGGCCACUGUUUCUGCGGGAAUACGAGAAGGGAGUGCUCACUGAAUUGGUGAAGACUAGUCCCUCGCACGUGAACGUGGCAAGUAGUAGUGAGGACAAGGGUAGCCCUACUCAAGACACCACGGCCAAAGUUGAAGAACCAAACCCCGAUUCCCGAGAGGAAGCACCGUCGAAUUCGACAGAUAUGCAGAGGUCAAAGUCGCCUUGAUUCCUUGCGAUUUGGUACAAUGUAGAAUCGUCCGAGGCAUCCAACGUUAGGACCCACAUUUGAUCUGAAUAUCUGCUCAUCGACAUCGUCUUCCAUGUCGCUGGUACGAGCAACGUCAACCCCCUGGGAGACUGAAAUACCAGGCCUCGGCCGAUUUACUUGCAGCAUGGAGCAUCCAUACUAUGGACUCGAGCAGUCGUCA